GUUUUCAAUGCAGUCUGACAUCCUAUUUAAGGAUCGGACGGUUGAAAAUCAAGGCUUCGUAGCAGCUGGGAUAAAGAAUAACUUAUUUAAUGGCUGCUUUCCUAAGCGUUUUAGGCUUCACGCUUCUACUCUGUGGUAUGAGUGACUGUCGAAGACGAAGGCAUUCUCCGGAUGAACAUCGCCACCACCAUGGUCAUCCAGAAAAGGCUUUGCAAGAAGUUCUGUUUGAAGAUUAUAAUAAAUUGACCCGUCCGGUCACGAAAGCCUCAAAUGCUGUGGUUGUCUGGGUUGGAAUGUCACCUCUUAAAUUACGAAACCUGGAUGAGAAACAUCAAGAAAUUGAAUUGGAUACUUGGGUAAACAUCAAAUGGAAAGAUCCUUUUCUCAAAUGGCAGCCAGAAGAUUAUGAUAACUUACACUCCCUGGUACUACCUGCUGAAGAAGUCUGGAAGCCAGAUAUAUCAGUUUAUACAGCAACUCCAGAUACAUCUGUGCGGCCGACUAUCAUAACCAACGUUGUGGUCAACAGCACUGGAGAAAUAAUAUGGGUUCCACCAUUUACAAUUAAAAGUAGCUGCCCUAUGGAUUCCUACGAUCAUAAACACGAAGUCAUAUGCAAUAUCCGCAUCGGAUCUUGGACUUAUAAUGGUCAUCUUCUGGAUUUGCAUAUGUCCAAAGUGGACAUGAGUAAUUAUGUUGACACUCAUCCUGACUGGAGGUUGGUUACUGUCAAAACAAAUGAAGCUGCUAAGCUGUAUGAAUGUUGUGAUGAAGAAUACCUUCACAUCAAUUUCAACGUGACUUUGGUGAGGAAGACUUCAUCGCAUUCACAUCACAGCCAUUCACGUAAUAGCGAUCAUUCACAUAAUAGCGAUCAUCAUAAUAGCGAUCACGAUUGGCAUGGACAUUCUCAUACAAAGCGACACCACGGAUAACUACAUUCUAUCUACGCUUCAGUAGAUUGCACUGCAUUAAUUGCACAGUCAGUGAAACUAUAAAAUUAUAAGUGAUAUUUUCACAUCUCAGUAACAUUUUAAAAGCAACGUGUAAAAUCAAUGCCUUCAAUCAUACUUAAAAGUAACAAAAAUAGUUACUUCAUAAAUUAAAAAUUAACUUAAAAUAUUUAAUAUAAAUUACACAUGUUAACUGAGAGCUUGUUUAUUGAGAUUCUGAAGCAUCAAUUAGCAAAUGAAGUCCUUUUUGUUAAUUUUAUUGCACUUAUAAUCAUACAUUUCGUUGCGUAUUGAAGCACAGUUAUAUAAACGUUCAUAAAUACUUCAGAUUAAAAUAAAAAUUCAGUUGGAUUUCUUUAAGUUUAUACAUUCAUUGCAAUCUUUAUAUUUUUAUUUGAAUCUGGUUUUUAAGUUCUGUAUGAUGCAACUGAAACUAGAAAUAUUGAACAAAAUAUCUUAAAACAAUCUCAGUAAACAUGACUGGAAUUACAAUUUUUUAUUAUUGAUAUUAUAAACUGAUAAUUUCUGUUUAAUAUGAUAAAUAAAAUAGAUUUGUUGCACAGCA